AUGCACAACGAAAUGACUCCUUUCUUUUCAAAAUCAGCACCUUAUACUUAAGGCCCUUAAAAACAACAAUAAUUUGGUAGAAAAGACUAAUAAGGAUGGAAAGAUUAGCAAGGAUGGAGAGAAAAGCAGGGAUAUAAAGAUUAGUAAGGCUGGAAACAAGAGUAAAGCAAUUACAGAAAAAAAGAUGGAAAAUACAAAAAUACAAUUUAAGAAAAUUAUCAAUCGUAACAAUAGUAUUAUCCAAAAAAUGCUAUUGAUAACAAAGAUCAAUAAUAACAACACUCCCAAUAUGAAUAUUAGUAUGCAGGUCAAGAUAAAGAGUAAAAAAUUGAAGAAUAUUAACAAAAAAAUUUUGAAGAUUAUUAGCCCCAAUAAAGGGAAGAAUUUACGACUCAACAUAAGGAAGAUCAUACAGUAAAAUAAAAUGUUGAGUAUAUAGAAAAAUCCUAAUUACAAUAAAGUCAUAAUUAAACCUAGAAUAAUGAAUAAAAAUAAUCUUUAUCAUUCUAACAAUAAUAAUAAAGUCAAUAAUAUUAAUAAUAACAAGUUCCACCAUAAUAAUACUAUUCAUUUAAUUAAGAGCCCUAAAAUUUGUAGAAUAACUAACAUAUUUAACAACAAUAACAGGUAUAUUAACCAUCAUCAUUAAUGUAAACUCCUAUCCCUUACCAGUUAUCAUAAAAUAUGUUUUAACCUAUUGCACAAUCGAAUCCUUUUGCUCCCUAAUAACAACCUUAAAAUAUCAAUGAAACGUAUAAUUUAAUAUUUAAAUAGGAAUGGGUAAGGAUAAAGCAUCUAAAACACUCCAUAUGUGAUUUAAUAUUUAAUAUACCCGAAUAAAAAAGGGAAGUAGUAUAAUAAUUAAUUUUAAUUGACUUAAGUAUGUUAUUUAUAUGAAAUAUAGGAAAAUAUAGAUGAAAAUUAUUAAUUUCUAAAAUCGUAACUUGAUUGCCUAAAAAAAAUCAAUAAUUGA